GCUGUUCAAUAUAAAUUUAAAAGGAAAUUAUUUAUGAUAUAUCGCUUUCAAACGCAAGUUAAUGUUUUUACCAUAUUUUUGCUUUCUGAGAUGAGAUAAGAAAUACUUCUUGAUCUGCUCCCGCCAAAACUCGCCGCGCUCGCUGCCAUUUUCGUAAACAAAUGUGGCGCGCGGUGGUGCUGUCUGGUGCUGUCGGAGUUCUACAGCCUUGGUGCUGUCGGUUGUGUUGUGUGGUGUAGAACUCUCGCCGUUUUUACAAGGCUGCUGUAGUCGCCGGCCCCGAAGCUGCCCGUCAUGCCGUCCCCGGCUCGCACGCCGACCCGCCGCGGCCGCACCGGCUCGGCAGCCUCGACCCCGAGCCGCGCCUCACCGCGCUCCGGGCGCGCCUCGUCCCGUGCCGACUCCGGCGCGCCGCUGCCGCCGGCCGAGUCGCCGGCGCCGUCCGAGGCGGUGCCGCCCAGCGUCUCCUCGGACCAGCAGGCGGCCAGCUCUCCGGCGCUCUCCCGGCUGGGCGCGCCGGCCAGCGUCAUCAGCGGCCCGGCCAGCGUCGUUAGCGAGAUCGACCUCGGCUCGCCGCUCAACUAUGGCACGCCCAGCUCGCUGGGCUCUCUGCGCACCCCGCGGUCCAGCGCGCGCGGCACACCCGUGCGACACCGUUCGGACCUGCGCUCCGACCGCGUCAUGCGCCAGGUCAACGUGGGCGAGCCGGACGCCGCCGCGGAGGGCGGUGAGCCGGAGCGUGCCCCGUCUGCCGCCGCCGGCGACGGCGCCGCGCCGACUCCCGUGCCGCAGGGCCCCCAGCUGGUCAUCUGGGGCACCGACGUGGUGGUGAGCACGUGCAAGGAAAAGUUCCGCCGCUUCCUGGAGACGUUCGUCGACGCCGUGGAGGAGGAUGAGCGCGUGGAGAACAUGGACGAGUCCGGGCCGCUCUACAUGCAGAAGCUGCGAGAGAUUCACCUGGUGGAGGAGCCGUUUCUCAACAUCAACUGCGCACACCUGCAGCAGUUUGACGGCGACCUCUAUCGCCAACUGGUCUGCUAUCCGCAGGAGGUGAUUCCGACGUUCGACAUGGCCGUCAACGAGAUGUUCCACGAGCAGUACCCGGAGACGGCCCUCCAGCACCAGAUCAUGGUGCGCCCGUUCAACGCUAACAAGACACGCAACAUGCGCGCGCUCAACCCGGAGGACAUCGACCAGCUCAUCACCAUUAGCGGCAUGGUGACGCGCACCUCGAACGUCAUCCCCGAAAUGCGCGAGGCGUUCUUCCGGUGCACUGUGUGCUCCAACACCAUGUCCGUCGACAUUGACCGUGGCCGUAUUGCUGAGCCGGUGCUCUGCACACACUGCAACACCAAGUUCUCCUACACUCUGAUCCACAACCGGUCGCAGUUCUCGGACAAGCAGAUGGUGAAGCUGCAGGAGUCGCCGGACGACAUGCCACCCGGCCAGACGCCGCACACGGUGCUCGCGUAUGCGCAUAAUGAUCUGGUGGAUGCUGUACAGGCCGGAGACAGGGUCACCGUCACAGGCAUUUACCGGGCGGCGCCGCUGCGCGUCAACCCGCGCAUGCGCAGUGUGAAGGCGGUCUACAAGACGCAUAUUGACGUUAUCCACUUCCGCCGGCUGGACACGAAGCGGCUGCGGGGCAUCAGCGGCGAUGGUAACCCGAUGACUCUGACCCCGGAGCGUAUCGAGACUCUGAAGGAGCUCUCCCGAAAGGAGGACGUGUACGAGCGACUGGCGCGGGCCAUCGCGCCCUCCAUCUACGAGAACGAGGACAUCAAGAAGGGCAUUCUGAUGCAGCUCUUCAGUGGCACCCAGAAGGACUUCUCAGACUCGGGACGCGGCAAAUGGAGGUCGGACAUCAACAUCCUGCUGUGCGGUGACCCGGGCACGUCCAAGUCUCAGCUGCUGCAGUACGUCUACAACCUGGUGCCCAGGAGCCAGUACACCUCGGGCAAGGGCUCCUCGGCGGUCGGUCUCACCGCCUACGUCACCAAGGACCCCGAGACCAAACAGCUGACCCUGCAGACGGGCGCCCUGGUGCUGGCCGACAACGGCAUCUGCUGUAUCGACGAGUUCGACAAGAUGAGCGAGGCGACGCGCAGCGUGCUGCACGAGGUGAUGGAGCAGCAGACUCUGAGCAUCGCCAAGGCCGGUAUCAUCUGCCAGCUGAACGCCCGCACCUCGCUACUGGCGGCGGCCAACCCGUGCGAGUCGCAGUGGAACAAAAACAAAACCAUCAUCGAGAACAUCGAGCUGCCGCACACGCUGCUCUCCAGGUUCGACCUGAUCUUCCUGAUGCUGGACCCUCAGGACGAGGCGUUUGACCGGCGACUGGCCCGCCAUCUGGUGUCGCUCUACUACACUGCCGACGAGGCCCAGGAGGAUGAGAUCAUGGACAUGGGAGUGCUCCGCGAUUACAUCGCCUACGCCAAGGCCACGUUCCAGCCGACCCUCACCGACGCCGCUUCGCAGAGACUCAUCUCGGCCUACGUCGACAUGCGCAAGGUGGGCAGCGGGCGCGGUCAGAUCACCGCCUAUCCGCGUCAGCUGGAGAGUCUCAUCCGGCUGGCCGAGGCGCAUGCCAAGAUGCGCUUCUCCAACUCUGUGGAGCUGCCGGACGUGGAGGAGGCGUGGCGGCUGCACCGCGAGGCGCUCAAACAGGCCGCCACCGACCCGACCUCAGGCCGUAUCGACAUAUCGAUCCUGACCACGGGCCUGUCGGCGGCCGGACGCAAACGUCGCCAGGAGGUGGCGGCCGCCCUCAAGAAGGUGAUCAAGGAGCGCGGCUCGGCACCGACCGUGCCGCUCACCAAACUCUACCAGGAGCUUCGCGAGCAGUCGGACAUCAUGAUCACCCGGGAAAUGUUCGAGGAUGCCAUCAAGGACCUGCAGGACGAUGACGUCAUCAUGAUGGCCGGCCGGCACACGGUGCGCGUGCUCCACUGAUGACGUCAUCACAGGGACGCCGCCGGCGGGGAGCCGCACCAGGCAGGUCCCGGCAAACUCUGUCCCUGGCUGGGUUCAACGGGGGCUGAGAGCUCACCACCCGUUGUGUGUGUGAGUCUGCCGGGGUGUGUGGUGGCAUAGCCGAUACUGUCUAAGAAGGCAAAGUUGGAAGAGAGCUGUAUGCCGUCCCUCGCUGCCUGAGAUAGUUCUGACGGUAGUUUCCAACUAAGCAGUGGUUGGAUGAUUCAUCUGGUUGAAGUGAGAGGCGUUUGGACCGAAUCGGCUCAGUCUCCUUUGUGCGUCUUUGUUAUCUCCUGUGCUAGUGCUAUCUUCCCUGCUCGUAGCUAGCCAUUUAGGGCCUGUUCCAGCGCCUCCAGUCAAAGUUCUUUACUGAUGGCUCUUCGAGAAAGUUAUAAGUUUUUAUUGGAGGCACUAGAAUGCAAAUAUCUGAAGAUUUCCAAUAAUUAAUGUCUGGGACUCAAUCAGCAUGAUAGCCCCUUCAGAAUCGACAGAUUUUCAAUUUUAUUAAAGUAUGUUUCAAAAUUUAUUUAAAUGUGAUUUUCUUUUCAUCUAUGUACGACUAUAAAAUUAGCUCAAAAGACCAAGCUUCCAUAUUCUGUAAACGAUACAUUUGCGCCGUUGUUGUAGACCAGAGCCUCCAGUUAAUUGUGGACCUCACAACUGACUGGAGGCUGCUGGAGGUUUCUGGUGGCGCUAUAACGCUGACUGGAUAAUUCUGGAGCUUUCUAUAGCGUUCAGGUGUUUUCAGGGGGCGCUGGAACAGACCCUUGCUAUGCCGGUAGCUAGUUGAUCGCUAGUUAUGCUAUCAGCCGCUGAAGCACGCUAAGCUAUCCCAUUAGUAUGCUCCUGAGUGCCGCUGGCUCUCAACUAGAGUGCUCUCGGCUAUUGAGUGCUCUGAAACACAAACCACAGUGGAGUGGAAGGAACCGUACCUGAUUGCGUUCAGCUUCGUUGGUACCUCCGAAAGGACGCGUUAUAAAUGGAGCUGUUUCAUUCCACGCAGCAGAGGACAAUUUGAUGGGUGCGUUAUCGACAUUUACUGAUUUUGGAUAAUUUUCGAUGGAACUCUUGUGACUGAUAAGCCGAUGAAAACAGUUCUAGCAGUGCCUUGGGAGGAUUAUUGGUCUACUCCCGAUAUCGAUUCGUUUUUGUACAAUAAACUGUUUUUGCUA